CACCACACACGGCGCACGCGCUUGUUGCAACCUAUGAACGCGCUUUAGAGGUUGCCGACAAUAACGGAUCGAAAUUUGAACGAAGCGAAUUAAAAUUCGAGUUCGUAAUUCGAUUUUUUGAAACGCGCGUGCGGUGUAGAUUUUGUGUUUUGGUGGUGAAUUUUAAUUAAGGAUUGAAAAUGUUUCGCGGCGGUAUUUGGGCGAAGCUCCGUCCGUACUACAAGUGGUACGUGCUGGGGCUGGUGUCCGUAGGCUACAUACUCGGAGAGCUCGGACAUUACCUUAUUGGAACCACAUCAAAAGUGACAGCGAACGACCUUCACUACGGCGACAAGGCGUGCAUGCUCAACACUAUACACACGCAUCUCACAUACGCGCAACUACCCGUCAUCUGCGAGAAAGUCAACUCCAGUGAAAUAUGCGAGUCACUGACCCUGAACGGCACGAAGUACUGCGAAUGGGGUUACAACGGGCUGGGCAUAGACUACCAGGUGCUGGCUGGUCCAGCGUUCAUGGCAGUGUUUACAGUGGUCGGCGUCAUCAUUGGAUUCAUCGCUGAUAAGUACAACCGCGCCAAAAUCCUCUCCUACUGCACUCUAGUCUUCGUCGUCGCCAUAAUCCUGAUGGGGGCUGUCAAAGAAUACUGGCACCUAGUAGUCCUCAGGAUGAUCUUGGCUGCCGGCGAGUCAGGAUGUAACCCGCUGGCCACUGGCAUCCUGACUGACAUGUUUCCGGAACACCAGAGGGCGCUGGUGCUGUCGAUCUUCAACUGGGGGAUUUAUGGGGGAUAUGGUAUAGCUUUCCCUGUUGGGAGGUAUAUACCUGAGUUGAAUGCGUGGGGAUUGAGCUGGCGACUAUGCUACUACGGCGCCGGCGUCGUUGGCAUCGUCCUCACGAUCCUCACCUUUAUGACCCUCCGAGAGCCGGAGCGCACCACCAUCGGCGAGGAGGGGGGGAAGACGGAAAACAUGGAGGCGGGGACGAAACAGCCACAAAUCACCAUCUGGCACGUUAUUACCCAGCCGAGGAUCAUAUUGCUGUGUAUUGCGGCUUCUAUCAGACAUUGCGGCGGCAUGUGCUUCGCAUACAACGCCGACUUGUACUACCGGGACUACUUCCCCGACGUGGACCUGGGCUGGUGGCUGUUCGCCGUAACUGUCGGCAUCGGCUCUGUCGGCGUUGUCGUUGGCGGCGUCGUGUCUGACAAAUUCGUGGCCAAACUGGGCGUCCGCUCCCGUGUGCUCGUGCUGGCUCUAUCGCAGCUGGUCGCUACGCUACCCGCCUUCGGUUCGGUUGUCUUCGGACCUCUGUGGGCCAUGAUCACCCUAGCUCUUUCCUACUUCUUCGCUGAGAUGUGGUUCGGCAUCGUGUUCGCGAUCCUCGUGGAGAUCGUACCGCUCUCCGUUCGCUCCACCACCGUUGGAGUGUUCCUGUUUGUCAUGAACAACGUGGGAGGGAACCUUCCCAUCCUGGUGGACCCUGUGGCCAAGGCUAUUGGCUACAGAGAGGCUAUUAUGAUCUUCUACGCUGGCUUCUAUGGAAUCAGCUGCAUCCUCUUCUUCCUGACUAUGUUCUUCAUGGAUGGCCCAGUGGCGAAGGCCCCGGAGCCCGCACAGCUCAGCCCGACGGCGAAACCCAUAGGCUUAGACAACAGAGCGUACAGCCACGACGAAUUACCCGCGCGAAACGGAACGCGCCCCGCACACGAUUCUAGCAAAUUGUAGUUUAUCUGUGGUAAUUCUCGA